AUGGCUCAAACUGGAAAGCAUGCCCUUAUCUUUGGAGCCUCUGGAAUUUCCGGAUGGGCUCUCUUGAACCAGGCACUCCAAUACCCAACUCCAACGACCUUUAGCCGUGUGACUGGGUUGAGCAAUCGGCCAUGGAGCAUCAAGGACGCUUAUCUCCCCGACGAUGAUCGCCUCAAUAUUGUGUCGGGCAUUGACCUGACACAGUCCGUGGACGUAGUCAAGGCGCAGCUUAAAGAAAAGGUCGAGGAGGUGGAGUCAGUCAAUGUGGUUAUCUUUUGUGCUUUUGUAAAGGCCAACAAAUCCCAGUCCUCACGCAAGGUCAACACCGAUAUCCUCCAAACCGCCGUAGAAGCCAUAUCCGCUAUUUCACCCAAGCUGGAAUCGGUCAUUCUGCAGACAGGCGGCAUGGGGUAUGGACUGGCAUUCCCUAAAGAAUUGAACCUUCAGCCUCCUCUCCACGAGAAGAUGCCCCGCAUCCCUUCGCCAUACAGCGACAACCUUUUCUACUACGACCAGUAUGACGCUUUGGAAAGACUAUCCAAAGGCCAAAACUGGACCUUCUGCGAGAUUCGACCGGACGGUAUUGUCGGUUUUGCUCCUGGAUACAACGUCAUGAACAUGGCACAUGGCAUUGCCUACUACUUGACUCUCUAUCGGGAGGUCAAUGGAAAGAUGUCCAAAGUCCCGUUCCCCGGUAAGCCGCAUGGCUAUCACACUCGCCAUAGCGACACCUUCCAAGAUAUUCUUGCUAAAAUGGAAAUCUUUGCUGCUCUUAAUCGGGACAAGUGCCCGAAUGGGUCAAGCUUCAAUUCUGCCGACGGAGAGGCUGUUACCUGGGCUCAGGUUUGGCCAGGAAUUUGCUCCUACUUUGGCCUCGAUGGUGUCGAGCCAAAUGAGAAGCAGCAGAUGAUGCAGGAUUUUGUUGCUGAUAAUAUGGAGACUUGGGAUCGCUUGGUCGAGACACAUGGUCUGAGGAAAGGUCUCAUUGAAGUGCAGAACUGGGGACAUGUCAACUUCCAGCUGAUUGAUUUUGACUUUCCACGAGAGUUUUCACUUGACAAGGCUCGAUCUGUUGGUUUCCAUGAGCAGAUUGAUACUGUCCAGGGCUAUAACAUUACGUUUGAUCGGAUGGUGGAUGCGAAGUUCAUUCCCACGCCGUCUCCUUGA